AUGAGAAGGAUACCAGCAGGGAUUUUGGUGAUAAGAAGCAUUAGGGGAAAAGAUUGGAGUUUGAAAACGUAUAGAUAUCUCACCCUCUUUGUUACAUUCGUUGCAUACACUUCAUACCAUGCAUCGAGAAAACCUAGUAGCAUUAUAAAAAGCGUGUUGGAUCCUCCUCGCCAUGACAAUCACUCCAACUCCAAUACUAACGUUCCCCCGUGGCCAUGGCCGAUAGGAGACUUUUUCAUCCCCAAAACGAAUGAUACUUAUUCGGAUGAUGGAUGGGCUCCAUUCAACGGGAAAGACGGCACUUCAAAAUUAGGGGAAAUAGACGUUGCAUUUCUAGCGGUUUAUUCAUUAGGGAUGCGGAGGGGAUUGAUAAUGGGGAUUUGGAAUGCUCAUACAUCUGUCGGCAAUAUCAGUGGUUCUCUUCUUGCCGCCAGUGUUCUUGAUUACGGUUGGGGGUGGUGCUUUAUUCUUCCUGCAGCUUUUAUCAUGGCAGCCGGAGUCAUGGUGUUUUUGUUCUUGGCUGCUUAUCCAGAAGAUGUAGGUUUCCUGGAUCCAAGUGACUCUUCUCCAAAUGCGAGAGGAUCGAUUCAUGAUGAUAAUACGAUGUGGGAAGAGGGUACAUCCAAUGAUGAGGAGGCCCCCGUUCCUCACAUUCAUUCUGUUAAUCGAAGAGGCGUUGGUUUUGUUGGAGCUUGUUUCAUCCCCGGAGUAAUUCCAUUUGCAUUAUGCCUUUUUUUCUCAAAGCUUGUUGCAUACACCUUUCUCUUUUGGUUGCCCUUCUAUCUAAGUCAAACAGAGAUCGGUGGAGAGCAGAGGACGGCUUUGACAAGUCCUCGUCCACGAAACAAUGUUGAAGCUCCUUUGUCUCAAUCACUUUUACGCGACGGGAGGAGGUAGUCAUUGUUGAGCAUUGCUGACAAUCGAUACACGUUUUAAGUAGACAAGAAUGGUUUACAAAGGACAAAAGAACGACAAGGUGCACUUCUGUAUUCAUAGGCGAGCCGCGACAUACAACUA